CGAGUAUGCACGGAAGUGGCCGAUGUUUAUCCACGUCGUCGAGUGGGCGACGGUGGCGGCCGAUCCCCAAGCGCGUUUGCGUCAAACGGUCCCCAUGAGUAAACGUGGCGGUCGCGGAACGACUCGGAGGCCCGUCCCCGUGACCUCACCGUCUGACCGAAAGGUGUCCGGCCGGUAGCGCCCCUCUCUCACCCGUUUCACCGUUCAUCUCGCCCCUCUAUUUAACUGCCGCAACUCUCAACAAGGCACUAACAGAGUGAUCUCCAAGUCAGCACUCUCUGCUGCAGAAGAAUAUGCCGAUCGGUAGCAUAGCAAUCGGAACGCCCGGCGAGGCGAGCCAUCCCGACACGAUCAAAGCCUCCCUCGCGGAGUUCAUCUCCACGCUCAUCUUCGUCUUCGCCGGCGAGGGCUCCGGGAUGGCUUUCAAUAAGCUAACAAAUGACGGCUCCACGACGCCAGCAGGCCUGGUGGCGGCGUCCUUGGCCCACGGCUUCGCCCUCUUCGUGGCGGUAUCAGUCGGGGCUAACAUCUCCGGUGGUCACGUCAACCCGGCCGUCACCUUCGGGGCCUUCCUCGGCGGCAACAUCUCUCUGAUUCGCGGGAUCCUCUACUGGAUCGCGCAGCUGCUCGGCUCCGUCGUCGCCUGCCUGCUUCUCAAGCUCGCCACCGGUGGACUGGAGACGUCGGCCUUCUCGCUGUCGUCGGACGUGAGCGUGUGGAACGCCGUGGUGUUCGAGAUCGUCAUGACCUUUGGACUGGUGUACACGGUGUACGCGACGGCGGUGGAUCCGAGGAAGGGCGACCUGGGAGUCAUCGCGCCCAUCGCCAUCGGGUUCAUCGUCGGCGCCAACAUCUUGGCGGGCGGGGCGUUCGACGGCGCGUCCAUGAACCCGGCGGUCUCAUUCGGCCCGGCGGUGGUCAGCUGGACCUGGGACAACCACUGGGUUUACUGGGUCGGCCCGUUGAUCGGGGCGGCCAUCGCAGCUUUGGUCUACGACGGCGUCUUCAUCGGCCAGGCGACCCACGAGCAGCUUCCCCCCUCAGAUUACUAGGCGUGAUUGUGAUUGGGUUGGAAUUCCCACUCUGUUCAUGCAGUGUUUUGGGAGAUGAUCUCCCACUGGCCAAAUGUGUGUAGUUGUGGAACAUGAAGUAUAUAUAAUGUUUUAGAAAAAGAAACUAAAUCAUUUUGUUUA